CAUCUGGACCCAAAAGACGUGAUUUGUGACCGUGUAUCACCGUAAAGAUGGCCAAAAGUCAGCAUUGUAAGAGGACGCACCGUGAGGGCGGGUGCGCUUCAUUCUGACGACGCGCCUCUCGCUCCAGCCCUGCGCCUCUGUUGCGCGCAAUAUCUCCAGCACAAAAUCAACCCAAACGUGGCGAUCGUUCAGCGUGAUUUGACAUCGUGAUAUCUAGGAAUCAAGGAGAUGACAUUGAUCGUCAACAUGUUGACCUUCCACCAGGAGAUCCUCUUUAACCUUUUCUUUAAUGUUCCUCACUUUCCAAAACCCCGGAUUGGCAUUGGACGUGUGAACUAAAGUCCUCAGAAUACUACGUUCUGCAAAUAUCCAAAUAUUCUUCAUCCUCACCCACACUAGGAGAAGAUGGACAGUCCACCUAAACUAGCCGGGGAGACUCUUAUUGUACACCACAUUCCGCUGGUUCACUGCCAGGUUUCGAGCUCAAGACAGUGCUGUGGUAGUCCAUUGAAAAGGAACAGUAACCCCUUUAGCUGCCCGGAGAAUUUGGGAUUGAGCCGGACCACCUCCCUACCUGAGAGAGACAUUCUUCAGCGGGAAGCUUUGGUGUACAGCAGCCUCAUACAAACGUCGAGCAGCAGCCUUAGCUCUAGUGACACUUUUGGGGAUGGAGGGAUGAGGGGAGGAGAGACACAUGGAAGAGGAGGGAGAGAAGGAAGUAUGGCAAGCGACACUUCCUCUUUCACCUCGAGCAAUUCUGAAGAUCAGGCUCAAGGCCUGCAGAUGAAGUCAUGUGAACGGCCAAACUCGAGGCGUAAUCCCUUUCUGCUCAACACUGAAGAUGAAGAUGACGACGAGGAUGAAGACAAUCUGAAUGGAUAUUUGGAAGACUCCUCCUUUCACCUGCAUGGAAAUUCGCAUGACAUCUCAAAUGCAGCACUUGCAAAUGAAGACUUGCCGCCGUUCCACCUGCAUGACCUUGGGUUUACCGCUGAACCUUUUCUAUUGCAUGGGUCUACAGAAAAACAGUGGAGUUCCACUAAUGGGCCUAGUGGGGAAGCAGAGAGCAGAGACCACACAAUAGGUGGGACUUUCGUUUUAUCUACUCACAUGGAAGGUCUGAACUUGCUGAGAUUAGAUAGCCAGCGGUGCCACGGAAGCAGUGCUUCUACCCUUUCAAUGGACUGUGGUGAGCAAGAAUGGGGUGAGGAUGAUGAUUAUGAAGACCAUUCUAUGCAGUGCGGCAGAGGAAGCUCAGAGUGUUCCAGUCUCGCAGCACCACAUUGCUCCUGUUGCGGCCUUUCUCAGCCAUACCCUGAACCUUUUCACGAAUCAGUUUCUGAGUGUCACCAGGGCUACGGCAGUGAUUCCUCCUGCAAUAGCUCCGAUGGAGUGCUGGUUAACUUCAGCACGAUUUACAACAAGAUGAACAAUGUUGUCCCGGCCAAACAGUCGCUCAAUAUCAACAGUUCCGCCGAGCAAUCCUGUGCCUCUUCUGUGUCUGAGCUCGUUGGGAUGUGUGGAACAGAAUGUAGCAGUGGACGUGGCGCUUUCUACCUGGACUUAAACACCUCCCCGAUCGAACCCCAUCAGCAUCCUUUGACCACUCAAGAACAUGCAAAUACUUCUUCUGUAUCUCAGCCUCAAGGUGUCACUAUGGAACUAGAUGCCAACUGUAACUCGUACCACAACCUUCUCGGAAGCGAGGCGCUGACCUCUGCUGAAGCCUCUGCCAAUGAGCUCACCUCGUGUCUUCAAAGCCAAGCUCGCUUGAUUGUAGCAACGCAGAAUUACUACAAGCUUGUGACGUGUGACCUUUCUUCCCAGUCCUCUCCCAGUCCAGCAGGAUCAUCGGUCACAAGCUGCUCAGAUGAGCACAGCAAAGGAAGUCCCACUCAGCCAACAGAGUACUACCUAUUCCAACAAAUGAUAGAAGAUGAAGACGAGGAAGAUGCAGAGAAUGAAGAAAAGGAUCCAAGUGAGAUUGACUCUACCCGUGAGAAUGUAAUUGAGGGACAGGUGUAUAUCAACAUCUCCCCACCUACGACAGCCUGCAAUUCAGUUGGUGCUUGUGGGAGCGGUCGGCCUCGUUCUCGUAGCUACGAUCGGAACUUGGACAAGUCUCCAUCUCCUCGCCUUGGAUCCUUGGAGCGCAUGCUCAGCUGCCCUGUUCGGCUCAGUGAGAGUGCAGCCCCGAGCCCGCCACCUCCACCACGUGUCACUUCUUUUGCGGAAAUUGCAAGAAAUAAGAGGAGAACUGGAGGGUCACCAUCGCAGAAGGGUGGGAUGGAGGCCACGUCCAUGCACUCUCACUCAUCUGGAGAGUUCUCGCCCAUCCUGGAAGACCUUCCACAGGGUCAAAGCCACAGUUUGCCACCGCUCACUCGAUGCCAUAGUCAAGGAAGCUGUGAUUUGUCCUCCCCGCAUAGACCGCGGAGUACACCACUGCGAGAAUCACCGGGGGGAGCGGGAAAACAGACUCGAACUAAAGCAGAAGGUGGCCUGUCUAGCUCCACAGACUCCUCUCCAGUUGUAAUUCGUUAUAACAAAGAUCAACGUCCGACCUCGUUACCCAUUCAGCCUUUCACUUUCCAGCACCAGUUUGGAAAACCACAGGCGAAGCCUCUCCUUCCUCUUCUGGACGGAUACAUCAGCCAUAUGCAGACUCGAGGGGCUGCGGCGCCUGAGGGAGGUGAAGAUGACUCCGAAGAAGAUCGUAGGCCACCACACGGCAAAUCCAACUCACCUACAACAGUGCGGCCAUCCCCACUGGGCAGCUACUCCCCAGUUCGCCUCCAAGGUGCACCCACCUCUUCUGGAACCUGCUCCACAUGCACUCCGACCCCGGGUGGUCCAAAGCCGCCACGUUCCCUCUCUUGCCCCAUCUCUGCAGGUCUUGUGCCCCAGCAUACCCCACCCGGAAUGACCAUACGUACAGAGACCCCUAAACUCACUCCCUUACCUCCUACACCGCCUCCACCUCCUCUGAUGAAGCAGAGUCCGCUGAUGCCUGCGUUGCCCACUAGAAAUCACUGUUUCCACCGUGGCAAUUUGCCGACCCUUCCCAGCUCUGGGCUCAGUCCUCUAGCUUCACAGGAAGAGCCAGUGAAGGUUUUACCAGCAUGUGUGACACAGCGACAGCCUAAUGGUUUGGUGAAGGCCAUAAACACAGCAGUGGAUCUGAUAGUGGCUCAUUUUGGCACCAGUCGGGAUGCAGGAGUAAAGGCCAAAUUGGGCAAUAGCUCUGUAAGUCCGAACGUGGGUCACCUUAUUCUAAAGUACCUCUGUCCUGCCAUUCGUGAGAUACUGCAUGAUGGCCUGAAAGCGUAUGUACUGGACCUGAUCAUCGGACAACGCAAAAACCAGCCCUGGAGUGUGGUGGAGGCCUCCACACAACUCGGUCCCUCUACACGGGUUUUGCACAGUCUGUUUUCUAAAGUCAGUCAGUAUUGUGAGCUGACCAAUCACAGUAUGAGACUCAAUGCCUUCAUCUUCGGCCUGCUAAACUUGCGAUCUCUGGAAUUCUGGUUCAAUCACAUUUACACACAUGAAGACAUCAUAGCAGCACACUACCACCCAUGGGGUUUCCUACCCCUGUCUCAAGGGGCCUGCCAGCCACUGUUUGAAGAGUUGCUGCUCCUUCUUCAGCCGCUCUCACUGUUGCCCUUUGACCUUGACCUGCUAUUUGAGCCACACCAACAACAGAAAGGGGAAGAACACCUGAGACGCAAAGAACAGCUGUGCUCUGCUCGCCAAGGCUUUGACCAAUCAGAUUGCUCCACCUUCCAGCUCAUGCGAGGCUGUGGAACGUUGGAGUCUGGAGUGCAGGAAGUGGGAAUGCUGCCUCAGAGAGAAAGCUUCAUCUUGAGAGAUGAGGACAGCCGGCUUAGGUUAGAGGGAGUGACAUUAAAAACGAAACGAGAUGGGCGGAAAAGUGCGGGAGUAGAGCGUGAAUCACGAGAUAAGGAGGCUGGAGUUGGCAAAGAGUGUUUGAGAAAGAGUGAUGGAGGACAAAUAGAAGGCAGCGUGUGGUGUGGUGGGAGGAUAAAGGGAGUUGGAGAAGACUGUGAGAAGGAGAAAAGGAAAGGAAGAGAUGGAGAUGGAGCCAAACAGAGAAACAGACAAGCUGGCUGGUGGUACCAGCUGAUGCAAAGUUCACAGGUUUACAUUGACAACUCCGCUGAGGGAUCAAAAUUUGUGAAGUGGGAGAAGAGGAGGAAAGGUGGUGUUGAGAACCACCGGCAAAGCCAUCCACCUCCAAGAGAAGGUGUGGUUGAGGGGGCCGAGGCCAUUCAGCAGAUGGAUGAACAGGUGGAACAUGGUCAGACCAGAAGUAGCAAUAUUAAUAGUGUUGGCAAUGGAGUCCUCCACCAGUCAGCAUUGUCAGAACUCAACAAGGUCGCUAAGGGGAAGCCAUCGUGGAUGGGAAGUCCACCGGAAUCAGUGCUCACUGAGCUGAAGAAGAGUAAGGAGAAGCAGCCAGACUGCCAGGACGCCUAUGAAGGGGUUCAGGCCCAGCCAGAAGCAGGGGAGGAUGGGUCGGCACAGGUGCUUCGCUGGGGUCGGCUGUUUGGAGCUGGAAACACAAGCAAGAUGGAGAAGAGUGAGCCGAAACAAGUCAGAAAACAAAGAUUGCCGUCUGGUUGGUUGAGUCUCGACCGUUCUGUGCUGGAUCUGGUGGCUCAGUCGGUUGGAGUGGGGAAAAGAGCGGCGCAACAAUCUCUUACGUCUCAAAGCCAAGAAUCCCACCUUGGCCCAACUGAACAAGCACAAACACAGAAUCCACCGACACGGAGACAAGCCCCACGUAAAGUGAAGGCGUUAUGCCAUCAUAUCGCCACAGAGCCAGGGCAGCUCAGUUUCCACAAAGGUGACGUGCUGCAGGUGCUCAGCAGGGCAGACUCUGAUUGGCUGCUGUGUGCUCUGGGUGACAGCCAGGGACUUGUUCCCAUCAUAUACGUCACCCUGAUCGAGGACAGUCAGGAGCGCUGAAACUCAGGGUGUGAGAUGCGGUCGGGGACAAAGAGGAGGGUCACUGCUUUUCUGAAUAUAAAAUCUGCUGCUCAACGGAGUCUGACGGAUUCAUUAUGUGCUUGCAUGUGUAUGUAAACACCAAUACACCAAUGCACACACACACACACACAAACAUCACACUUUGCUGUUGUGAAAGCUCCCUCUUUGUUUCAGUGAAUAGCAUUGAGCCAACCAGUGAUUAGAAAGUGUAGAUCUAGUUACUGAGUAGUAGUGCAAUUGUUUGCAACGAGCCAUCAGGUUUUGCAACUUAGCUUGUAAUCAUAAAUGUCAAUAGAACCUUUUAAAAAGAACGAAAAAACCAAAUGAAGUUGUUAGAUGACACUACUGGCACAUAUGCCUUGUCUUUACUAAAUACUGUAUGAUUUUAUGUAAUCUAGAUGUUAAUCAAUUCAUGUGUUGUGACCGAGAGUGUGUGCACGUGCCCUUCAGAGGCCGUGUGUAAACCGGAUGCCAUUCGUGAACAUCUCUUUCCGUGCAAAUAACUGUAUGAAGCUGAAUAGUACAUCACUGAAAAGGGAUGCCUCGGUUUUAAAGUUUACGGAAAUUAAAGCUCAUUAACAUGUUGAAAAAGACAAAAUAUUUUCCCCCCCUUACAGGCCAAAGGAAAUCAACCUGUCCAGAUAUAUAUUUUUUUCCUCCAACCUGUGCUGCUUUGACAGAUAAAUCGAUCCGCUGAUGCUAUCCCCACAAUUUCUGUUCGUUCAUUUCAAGCUUUUUUCACUAAUAAGGGAGAGUUUACAGCAAGAUUGCCUGCAUGUGACUGAGUGCAUCACAAAUGUUUUGCUUUUCUGAUACUUAACGAGUUGCUCAAUCUUUAACCUUAAUUGUUCUGUUCCUUCCUAUAUUAACUUUUGCACAAUCUGCAAGAGAUAUAGAAAGAGAAGAUGUGUCUAAUGUUUGUCUACUUUAGAUUUUUGGUUGUUUUGAUUUGGUUUCUGUUUGUCCGAUAUGUGACCCUGGACCACAAAACCUGUCUUAAGUGUCAAUUUUCGAAAUUGAGAUUUA